CCGGGGCGCCGGGAGGCCGCCUGGGACGCGGGAACCAGGGUCGGGGCUGCGGUGCGGCUGGGGACCCGGGAUUUGGGGUCCCCGGGGCUGUCAAGGCGAAAGGGCCCUGGAACCGGGACGCCGGGAGGUCUGGGUCCUCGGCUGGCAGGAGUGGAUGCAAGGAGCUUUCUUUUCCUCUUCACAGAGCUUUGUUGAACUAGCUGUUGCUGCAAAACUGUCGGGAGUAUCCCAUUGGUUUGCCGUGGGGACCACAAAAGUGGUGGCCCUGGGGGGCUGUUUGUGUAAAUAACUGAUGUUGUGUGUGUUCUCUGCGUGUGCCCUGGUAGGAAGGUGCCUUCAUGGUGGGAUCUUCUCCAUAAGGGCCCAUGUCCCCCCCACAGCUAUUAUUUGUAGAUUCACUUUAUUUGAUAUCACGCAGAAGAGAAGAAAUAUCUAACUCUCUUCUUUCUGAUGGUUAAGCUAGUGGCUGGUUUUGUUUCCUCAUUGCAGAAUAAAUUUUUUUUACAAAAGCUGAAUCCAGAGUAAAGCCUGUUGAUUGGAGGAGGCUUGAUAAAAUUUGUAUUGCUGAUGUUUUGGGAAUGUGUGUUAGCCGGUCUGUGUGGUGGUCGUGGUUCCGUUUAAUUGCACUGCGAUGAGAUGAGCCAAUCCUCACCCUGGGCCGGGCCGCGGGCAUCUCUGCAGAUUCCAGAGCUGGCAGGGGCUGUGAGUGCUGCAUUAGGUAGGUUCUCGGAGAAGGAAAUGGCAAUUCGGAGUCGCUCUGUUCCGAGACUGGAGGAAAUCUCCACCAAAAAAAAAAAAAAGAGAGAGAGAGAGAAGACAUCACUUGCCCGUACCCUAGAGGUAACAACAACAAAAAUUCAGAAACUGACAACAGCUGAAUGUGCAUCUUCCUUUUCCUGCACUGACUGGCAAUUUAAGUUCCUGAAAGGAGUUCUGGAAGACGAGAACAGAGUCUUCAACAAGGCUCUCAGCCCGGACUGGACCUGGAUUUCAGGAUUUCGCUGACUGCCUGGUUUCAGAGGCUUACCCUGUUCCCUGCUUCAAGACUCAUUUAAAUUCUGGGAUGAAGAGGCCAGGGGCGUGCAUUCCGAGGCCUGGUCCUGUAGACGGGAAGGAGCCUGGACACAGAGACACAUUCUCAAAGGCCCUGCAGGACCGCCAUGGCUUAUGAUGACGCCGUGAAGAAAGAAGAUUGUUUCGAUGGUGACCACAGCUUUGAGGACAUAGGACUAGCAGCCGGCCGGAGCCAACGAGAAAAGAAACGGUCUUACAAAGAUUUUUUAAGGGAAGAGGAAGAAAUUGCUGCUCAGGUCAGGAAUUCUUCCAAGAAGAAGUUAAAGGACAGCGAACUUUACUUCCUGGGGACGGACACGCACAAGAAGAAGAGGAAGCACUCCUCUGAUGAUUACUACUAUGGAGAUAUUUCGUCUUUGGAAUCGUCACAGAAGAAAAAGAAAAAGUCCAGCCCACAAGCUGCUGAUACAGCUAUGGACCUGUUGAAAGCUAUCACUUCCCCACUGGCAACAGGGUCCAAACCCUCCAAAAAGACAGGGGAAAAAUCCUCUAGUUCUUCGAGCCAUUCAGAAAGUAGAAAGGACCACCACAGGAAGAAAGUAAGUGGGGGCGGCGGGGAGCUGUCCGUGGAGAGCAGCAGCUCCCACAAGUCCAAAAAAAUGAAGCCGCUCUAUGUGAACACUGAGACCCUGACCCUCCGGGAGCCUGACGGGCUAAAGAUGAAACUCAUUCUCUCACCAAAGGAGAAGGGAAGCAGUGCGGUGGAUGAGGAGUCUUUCCAGUGCCCCUCUCAGCAAGCCACUGCUAAAAAACCUUCUAAGAAGUCAGCUCGGGAUGAGCAAGGUGCUGUGCUCCUGGGACACGAGUUACAGAGCUUCCUGAAAACCGCCCGGAAGAAGCACAAGUCGUCCUCGGACCCACGCUCAUCUCCCGGCCCUGAGGGCUGUGGGUCUGAUGCCUCCCAGUUCCCAGAAUCCCACAGUGCUAACCUGGAUCUUUCAGGGCUCGAACCUGUCCUAGUAGAAUCAGACUCUUCCUCUGGAGGGGAGCUAGAGGCCGGCGAGUUAGUGAUCGAUGAUUCUUACCGGGAAAUCAAGAAGAAAAAGAAGUCAAAGAAAAGCAAAAAGAAGAAGGACAAGGAGAAGCAUAAAGAGAAACGUCACUCCAAGUCCAAGAGAAGUUCAGGACUUUCUGCCCCAGCGGCGGGAGAAGUCACAAUGACACCUGGACCUCCUCCCAGCAUCCCCUACACUGGAGCAGCUGCCCCUCCCCCACCACUUCCUGGCCUCCACACAGACGGACAUAGUGAGAAAAAAAAGAAAAAAGAAGAAAAGGAUAGAGAAAGAGAAAGAGGAGAAAAGCCAAAAAAGAAGAACAUGUCGGCCUACCAGGUGUUCUGUAAAGAGUAUCGAGUGACCAUUGUGGCUGACCACCCAGGCAUAGAUUUUGGGGAACUUAGUAAGAAACUAGCAGAGGUGUGGAAGCAAUUGCCAGAAAAGGACAAACUGAUUUGGAAGCAAAAAGCUCAGUAUCUGCAACACAAACAGAACAAAGCAGAAGCUACGACUGUGAAAAGAAAAGCAUCCAGCUCAGAAGGUUCCAUGAAAGUAAAAGCUUCUUCUGCAGGAGUACUGUCACCCCAAAAGAAGUCCCCACCCACCACCAUGCUAUUACCAGCCUCGCCAGCCAAAGCCCCCGAGACAGAGCCCAUUGAUGUUGCUGCUCAUCUACAGCUGCUGGGAGAGUCCCUCAGCCUCAUCGGACACCGCCUGCAGGAAACUGAGGGUAUGGUGGCUGUGUCCGGCAGUUUGUCAGUGCUUCUGGAUUCCAUUAUCUGUGCCCUUGGCCCCUUGGCGUGUCUGACCACACAACUACCUGAGCUGAAUGGCUGUCCCAAACAGGUCUUGUCAAACACACUAGACAACAUUGCUUACAUCAUGCCUGGACUGUGACAGCAGAGAAUCCUGGGGCGGGAACCUCGUCCUCCCCCGUUGCUGGUGUGUGUGUGGGACUGUUCCAGAUCUCUCCGCCGGCCGCUGGGUGUAGGUUUUAAAUUUUUAUAUACAUAUACAUAUAUAUAUAUAUAUAAUGUACAAUAUAUACAUAGGACUGUAACUAUUUUGUUUUUAAUAAUCUUAUGAAAUGACUAAGGUUUAGCCAAGAGGAAGCCUUGGCAUGAAUAUGGGCUUAGGAUUUUUUCUCCUGUGGUGGAUAAAUCUGCCUUAAAAAUCAGUGUAACUUGGGGGCUGGGGGCUCGUUCUGGGUGCCAAGUGCAUCUCUUUCUGGACAGCUCAAAUGUGAUUUUCUUUCCAAGCUCAGUGGUACCUCCAGACCCAUCACCGACCAUUUGCCUUACCUGUCUCACAGUCUGAGAUGUAGUGGUUAAGAUUAUGGGAAGAUGUCAGUUGACUAAAAGUGCAAAACCUUUCAGCUUGAAGUGUCUUAGGUGGGAGGUGAUAAAAUCAUUCCCAUCUUAGAGUUAUUGCAAUGGCUUAGGUGAACCUAGUGGGGGGUUCAUUCCACUCCCCGCUGUACAGGCGUCCAUGUCUCAAGAUGUGUUGCGAUCAUUGGCAGCCUCAGUAGGGGCCAAAUAGCUCUGCAAGCCCUGACAGUAUAAACACCUUGAAGAGCGUGAAGCUGUCGAUGCUGGUGGCUUAUAUGUUGUGAGCUGGUCCCAAGUCUUUGCCUCCAGAACAAAGAGCUGGUAUCUUCCAUUGGCAGUGUUCACUUAGCCACCAAGUCCUCACAGGUUCCGCUUAGUUGCUUGGUGACUGUGGAAGAUGAACUUUGCCCAGCAGGAUUCUUGGGUUCAUCUUACUGGCUCCCCUGGUGGGCAGAUACACCAUGUUCUGCAUUCCACACAUAAGUGAAUUGCAAAAAAAAAAAGUAGUUGAUUCUCAUGUAGGUUUAUUUAUGUGCGCGUGUGAAUGUGCGUUUUAAUUAUGUGUAUUUAACUCUUUAAAAUCUUAGAUUUUAAUUUAUCCUGUAAAUUUCUGUAUAUAUAAUUUAAUAACAAAAGCCUCCACCAGCAGCAGCAUGUGGAAGAUACGGAUGUGUUAUUUUUUCCUCCCUUCCUUCCCCUGACCUCCUCUGACAGCUCCAAAUCAUCUGCAUUUUAAGGUUUUGUGUCUCAGAAAGGAAUCAUUAUGUCAGGAUACUAAUUCUUUAUAAUUGAAUAAUGUCAAGAAAGUAAAAUAAAAAGGAAUGUUUCCAUUCCCAGCUCCCCUUAUUUCCAAAGAACCAGACUUUUGCUUCCUAGUUCCAAAGAAGAGAGUUGAACCCUUCAGAAGGGCUGGUGUUGAACAAGUGAUCUUCCCUGCCAGGCACCAGCACGGAGGUGACUGCUUCUUCCCCAGCUGGAUGGAGCUCCGCCGCCUGAGCGUGGGGGUGUGAGGACAGGGCAGCGCCCUGUGUAACUUUUUCCUUUCUCCCCUCCCCUGUGGUCACGGGGCUUUGUUUCUUAAUGGUGUUCUGGCUGCCAACUGCCUUUCUCAACUCAGUUUUGAGUUGAGCAGUUUUGAGAUUUAACUGGGAAGCAGAAGGAAGCGGGAAUGUUUGGGAUCGAAAAUCAAGAACCAGAAGUCUUGUUUUCAUUCCGUGUGUGAGAACCUGUGCCAUGUCUCAUCCGCACCCAUGGGAGUUCCCUGUUUGACACAGGGGCCCAGAAGGCGGGAUCUGCAUGGACGGAAGUCAGUCCUGCCCUUGUCAUUCAGGAGAUCCUGCGAGGACCUGCUUUUUCUGUUUUCCUUUCAAGUCCAAUCCUAUUGUAUUUGUAUUUAAAAUUUGUACACAUUUGUAUAAUAAUCCGUACCUUGUGGUAUUUGGUACUAUUAGAGGGAAAACCUUUGGAUUCAGACCUUCUUGCAGUUUUUAUAUCGUUUUAUUUUUUUUAAAUAAAUCCUAGAGGUUUGAUCCAAAUUCCAUUACAAUUGUAUAAAGAAAUAAAGUUUUGUACUUAUAUUAUUAAAAAAAAUCACAUUUUUAAUA